AACAAGGGAACUUACUCUAGUUGUACUUCGACGACGCUCGUGGAUGUGAAAAUAUUAACAACUUGGCUGAGAACCUGUUUGAUGUUUACAAUGAGCACGUCACCAAAUGAAACUGAUGAGUCGAGUCCAAAGCGUUUUAAAGGAUCAAACACAAUCAGUAUUAACCAAAAUUAUGUGCAAGAUGCACUGAAAAAUAUUCUUCGAAAAGAGUUCCAAGCAGGAUCAGGCUUUAAAGAUGAUGUAACAGGAGCAGAGGUACAAUGUACACCAUUUCGUCAUGUAUCUUUGCCUUGUUUUAUUCACGAUGAUCAAUUUGUCUCUGACCUUAUCACUGAGCUUGAAGGACUUGAUAUGGUGGAUAAAAGCAAUGACCUCUAUAAAUUCAAGCAGAGCAUGGAACUAAAACAUGCAAAGACACCAUCCAUCAAAGCAUUUCGAAAAAUGUUGCAAGAUCAAAUGUUACCGUGGUUGAAAGAUAUCACUUGUCAUCCACUGAAUGAUAGGAUAGACUUGUUUUGUUCUCUUUACCAGUACACAGAUGUUCUUCUCUGUCAUGACGAUGAGCUGGAGGAGAGAUACAUAGCAUUUAUUUACUAUCUGGUGCCAAAAUUAUGGAGUGAGGAAGAUGGUGGCUUACUGGAUCUUUUUGAUGUGGAUGAGCACGGGCAGCCGAAGGAUAUCGUGAAAUCCAUCAUUCCUUUGCAAAACAUGUUUGUGUUUUUUGAGGUCACGCCAUCUUCCUUUCAUCAGGUUUCUGAGAUAUUGACACAGGAAAAGAGUCGUUUUGCUAUCAGUGGCUGGUUCCAUGGUCCUCCAGUCAGUCGCCCUGCUUCACACAGAGAACCCCGCAUUCCAUUGUUUCCAUGCACAAGUAUUGAAGAAGAGGGGUUUCUUGACUGGAUCAAUCCAAUCUAUUUAAGUCCAGAGAUUCAAGCAGACAUCAGGGAACGCUUUGAAAAUGAGUCUGAGAUUGAACUAAGUGAAUUCAUCAAGGAAGAGAAGUAUGAAGAGCUGGCUGCUGCAAUACAAUGUAACAGUGUUCCAUGGAGACACCAUGGGCCACCAAACAAGAGAUCAUAUGACACAUGCAGAAUGGAAGACCUGCCCCCUGAAGCUGCCACAGUUAUGAAAAUGAUGCAGUCAGAUGCCAUGUUUCUUCUGCUCAGCACGCUUACAGGACUUCAGCUUCAUGAGCUUGCAGCAGACUCGGAUGAAGAAAAGGGAGCAAGUAGUUCUGCUGCCAAUGGUAACUCAGGAAAAGCCAGCCCUGCUAAAUGCCGUACAGAAGCACAACGGUGGCAGCAUGGUGACUACACUUUAAUUCACGAUACCGACAUCCAUGGUACAGAAUCAGCCCUGGAUGCCUGCUUGUAUAUUGGGUGUGAAGACUGGAGCAUGGCAGCAGGCGGCUACACUUCAUACGUUGCAAGAGAAGAGGAUGAGGAGCUUCUGACUGUGUGCCCAUCUCCAAAUUCACUUGCCCUGGUGUACAGAGAUAAAGAAACUCUACGCUUUGUGAAACACAUCAACCACCAAGCAACACUAGCUAAGAGUUCCAGAUACUACUCUAUGUAUGCAGUUUACUAUGAAAAGCCAGAAUAAACUCGGUUUUUUUUUCAUGCA